AUGCGCGGAUAUCGUGAGCAUUCCAGUCGAACCUGGCCCAUCGUCCUGCUUUGUCCACUCUUCCUCUGCCUCUUCGUCCACUACAAGGCUAAACCGUCGAGGCACCAAACCCGCUCUGUGUCACCCAUCGGGAGCCUCUUCGACACACCUGGCUGUACGAUGCCGCUCUACCCGUCUUUCCACUGCAGCAUUCGCCACACCAACCAGACCGAUGUCAGCCUGCACUGGCGCUGCCCGGGUCGCCGUGCGACCGUCGUCUACCGCCGCGGCAGCGCCCUCUAUUUAAACGCCACCCGACUCGCCGAGUACUAUGGCACGGGCUCGGCGGCCCACGCGGUAUGCUCGUACUGCGAGGUGCUCAGAAACGAGACCUCAGGCGUUCCUCACGACUGGGGCUAUAAGCUGGGGCCUAGCCGACCCAUGGUCUUCGGGAGAGACUUGGCCGAGGAGUUCGUGGCCGUGACGUGCGUGGCGGGCAUAGAGACGCUCUUCACCGACUACUUCCUUCUUCCACAACUGAAGAAUAUUAGUGACGGAAGGCCCGGAAGGCGGAGAGAGGGCCUCAUGAACGUGCUCGUUCUAGGCAUCGAUUCGACGUCACGGAUGAACUUCAAUCGUCAUAUGAAGCGAACGCGGCGGCUACUUUUGGAAGAGCUGAACGCCUUCGAGCUUCUUGGUUACAACAAGGGAUAUGCCACCCUAUUUCUGGAAGAGAUGCCCUACUACGGUUUGUUCUCGUACCCAAACUACCGGGGCUUCCACAAGCCGCCCACCGAUUAUUACCCUGUGCCCGUCUUGCAUGCCAUGGAAGAGAACGGAGGUAUCGACAACUACUGCGCCGGCUCCCGCCUCAAGACGCAGGUAUUCCUCGAUUACCUGGCGGACGUGCUGAGGCUGAACGCUCACCACGGCAUCCCGGUGUUCGCGUACGCCUGGCUCUCGGACGUGCCGCACAGCAACGACCACGCCCUGUUGGUGCUGGACGAGCCAGUGUACGGGCUGCUGCGAGACAUCCAGGAACGGAAGGCCUUCGAAGACACUGCAUUGGUCCUACUCAGUGAUCACGGUGCACGGUUUGGUAGCAAUCGUGCCACCGUUAUUGGUCGACACGAGGACAAGACGCCGUUCGCAUAUGUUCUCUUGCCACGCAACUUUUUGCGGCGCCAUCCUGGAGUCGCCGUUAAUCUAGAGGUGAACCAGCGACGCUUGGUCACUGCUUACGAUAUGCACACCACUCUCGUGGCACUCUCCCGCUACCCCGACGCAAGCUUCAAUGCUUCCCUUACUACAGAGAGGGGCCUUAGCCUGCUGGGCCGCCUGCCUCCAGAGAGAAACUGCGAGGAUGCCUUUGUACCUGCAGAGUUCUGCGAGUGCAUCGCAGCUGGCAGCGACUUGGACGAGCAGUCAAUCCUGGUGCAGUCAUUCGCCAACUUUGUUGUGGGCUACCUCAACAGCCUAAACGAGGCCAACUUCCCUGCUAUGUGUGUCAGGUGGAAGUUGGAGAGCGUGACAGACGCUUUUGCCCUCGACGUCCGUCAGGCCGGCAAGGUGCUCAUGCGGGCUCUGGUCGCUACCCGACCGGUGGCGCACUUCGAGGUGUACGGCGAGGUGCGCGAUGGCUCGCAGCAACGGGUGAUGUUCGUGCAGAGGCUGGACUGGUACGCCAACCAGACCGAGUGCUUGCCGCCGAACCUGUGGCAGAAGUUCUGUUACUGUGCUUCUAUGCAGAGCCGUCCCUCUGCCUAA